AUGAAGGUGUGUUUUUUUCGACGGACAAGCAGCCUUUUAUCUUUUUUUUCGCAUCCAGGCUAGUUUCCCUAUUUCAGAGUCCGAAACUCCUAAUGGCUACCAGGAUACUAUAUUUGUUUUGCAUAUAAUAACAAAGUGUGUCUGCAAUUACACUAACGUGUGGGACUUGGAUACAGAAAGUUGUAAUGAGCCUGUCAACACAUGUUUCGGAUUGUGGAUGAUUAUUUCUGAUGCUUCUUCGUCAUGAAAGUCGUCCCGUAUCCUUGUCUUAUUAAAUAGGUACCGGUUAUGUAGAUUUGCACGUGGUGGUCCGUCUACGGACCUAGGUUUCAACGCUCUUUUUUCCUGACCUGCUGGACGUGUCCAGUUCGUCCUAUUCAUGGUGUACCGAAUAUAACUUAUAAGAUUCAUACACAUAGGCCUCACUAGUUGCUCAUCUGUCCCCUUUACUUUCCAAGGAUCAGGAACUCGUCCAUCUAAAGUAUUCACGGGGGACAUUGCUUGAAGGUUUGAGAACAGUGGAAUGUUUGUUAUGUCACCUUUCCUUAACAGUUUGUUAAACCUCUUAAUGGACUUUUCCUACUUGUAGCUUAACGUUGCCUACCCGUCCAAUGGCACUCAAAAAUGUCUGGAGGUCGAUGAUGACCACAAACUUCGACCUUUCUACGACAAACGCAUGGCUACCGAGCUGCCGGUUGAUUUCCUCGGUGACGAAUGGAAGGGUUACGUCGCCAAAAUCACUGGUGGAAACGACAAACAAGGUUUCCCAAUGAAGCAAGGUAUCCUGACGAACGGACGUGUGCGUCUUCUGCUGAGCAAGGGCGCCUGCUACAACCCGCGCCGGAAGGGCACGCGAAAAAGGAAGAGCGUGCGCGGAUGCAUCGUUGAUAGCAAUCUUAGCGUUCUGAAUCUGGUUGUUGUUCGCAAGGGUGAAGGCGAUAUCCCCGGGCUUACUGACGUCACUCUCCCAAGAAGAUUGGGCCCCAAGCGAGCAUCGAAGAUUCGCAAGCUUUUCAACUUGAGCAAGGAAGAUGACGUCCGUCAAUAUGUUGUCAGAAAGCCUCUACCUGAGAAGAAUGGCAAGUUUUCUUCUCAUACUUACUGCCUAUUGUAGGUAAGAAAGCCCGUACAAAGGCCCCCAAGAUUCAGCGUCUCACUACACCUAUCCGUCUCCAAAGGAAGCGAAGGCAUCGUGCUCUUAAGCAGCGGCGUAUUGCCAUUCGCAAGCAACUGGAAACUGACUAUGCCAAGCUCAUUUCCUUACGGCGGAAACAAGCCCGUGAUGAAAGAAGACGUUCCCGCAGUCGUUCCUUGCGCGAAUCUAAGAGUACUUCCCAGACUUAA